AUGUCAAUCGCAACCCCAAUCAACCUCAUCCUCCUCUCCCUCUUCGGCGUCCUCGUCUACAUGCAAUUCCGCCCCAAGGCCCCCACCACCCUCCCGCAGGCCCCGCCCCCCGUCGUCUUCCGCACCUUCACACCAACAACCCUCCUGCCCUUCAACGGCGUGGGCGAUCAACCCGUCUACCUCGCCGUCCGCGGACGGGUCUUCGAUGUGACCCCCGGCAAGAACUUCUACGGCCCUGGCGGACCGUACGAGAAUUUUGCCGGCCGGGAUGCGUCGCGCGGUCUGGCGCACCAGAGCUUCGACGUCGAGAUGCUCACGCAGGAUCUGAAGGGGCCGCUGGAUGACCUGAAGGAUCUCACGGCGGAUCAGCUUGAGAAUCUCCAGGGCUGGGAGGAGCGGUUUUCGGAGAAGUAUCUGGUUGUGGGAAAGUUGGUUGCCGAGGGGGAUCCGGAGGCGCCCAAGUCGUAG